AUUUAACAGUAAGUGUCAACGUAUUUUAAUCUGUUGUAGCGGUAACCUGUAAACUCUUUAUAUAAGCAUCUCAUUUCCCUUUUCCUUUCUUCACAUAUUAUAGUAUACUAUUCACUAUGGAAAAUUCCCAACAACCUCUUGCCACAGAGAGUUUUUCAUAUAGUUGGUUGUUGAACAGAAAACCAUCCAUUGAUGGCCUAACAGAAUUCCCUAAACCCUCUUAUAGUAGUCAUGAUGAUCAUGAUGAUGUUGAUGAAGAGUUAAAAUUUAUCGCUUAUUCGAAAAGAUUCCUAGAAGAAGCACAAAAUUUCAACUUCGAUGUUCAUCCUGUUUCUGAAUCUGUUCAUGCUGAUGAAAUCUUCUCUGAUGGACAUAUCAUGCCUCGAUAUCUUGACAGAUCAAAAAUUGAAUCUUUUCAAGAAGCCUUCAAUGAUUUCAACACCAAUUCAUUAGUACCCUCAACUAGUACUCCUCCCAUACCUGUCUCUAAGCUUUCAGAUUCCGCAACUAGUCGAGCUAAUUUUCUUGAAAAAUGGAGGAAGUUUUCGCGCAGAAUCUUGGUUAAGUGGUUUGGAUUCGUUAGGCCAUUCUCCAAAAGAAUAGCAAAUUCAAGAAAAAGUACUGCAAAAGUUGAUGACCUUCAAAGAAAAGUAAGUGAAAUUCAAAGCUGCAAGAGUACUAGUACUACUGAUACAUCAUUUCAGGGAUCUCCUUGUCGAAUGUUGAAAUCUUAUUCUGUUGUCAAUUGGGGUGGAAAUGAUAACAACCAAAGAAGUAGUAGUAGUAGAAGAAGAGUUAAGAGUUUGAGAAAGGUGAAAAGCUGGAGCAAUAUUAAUUCACCACAAGAGACUUAUUCCCCUGUAAAAAGACCAUCCAAUAAUCAUUCUACUGAUAUUUGCCGCGAUAUGGAGAGCGCGAUUUCUGAUGCAAUUCUGCACUGUAAGAGAUCAUCUGGUAUGUCAACUGAGCUUGAUAUCGAUCAUGAUGAUCAUUUUAACCAGAUGAAGCAAUUCUAGAUGUUGAAGUUCAUCCUUAAAUUCUUUUCUCAGAUGUAUAUUUAGAUUUUUGUCUCUUCAUACAAAUAAUCUAUCAUGUAUCACUCAGAUUCAAUAUUUUGUACAUUCUAGGUGAAAAUGAAAAAAAAAAAAAAAAAAAGCUAUAGUUGGGAUUUAUUUAA